AUGAAAGACUUGUGCUUUAAAACUCUGAGCGCCUCAGAGCUGCUAGAGAUGACAAAUCACCCGAAGUUCUGCAGACUCGUCCUUCAAGAACACACCGAAGUGAUGGAGAUUCCUUUGAGAGGUACAACUUCUCAGUCUUUGAGAAAAGAAAACUCGAAAAAGAAUAGAUUCAGCAACAUCCCGUGCUGGGACCAUUCGCGAGUGGUUAUAAACGCGCGGGAAAGCUUAACUUCUUUUGACGUGGGAGAUUGGGACCCUUCGCGACAAGAGGUAACGUCGGAAGACAACGCAGAGAAUUACAUCCACGCAAACUACGUUGAUGGAUUCAAAGAAGUCAAUAAAUACAUUUGCGCCCAAACGCCGUUAGAAGAUACCUGGGAGUCUUUCUUCAAGCUGAUUUGGGAACAGGAAUCGCAGGUUAUUGUGUCGCUGACAGACAUAGACAGAGAUCACGAGAAGAGCUUCUAUCUUUGGACGACUCCCAAGGGAUCUGAAACGACCUUCGGAAGUUUCGUCGCCAAAAUCCUUGAUGUCAGAGAAGAGUUAAGUUUCACUAAAACCCGAGUGAUGAUUACUAACAAGAUUACGGAAACUUCGCGGGAGAUUACCAAUUUUUGGUUCACUGACUGGCCCGACAACAGUAUCCCCACUGGCAUGGAAGAGUUUGUGGAGCUACGAAAUAAAGUCAACGAAGAACAGGCCAGACUAAUAAAGCAAGCUGAAAACGAUUCUCAGACUCUGGGGCCUAUUGUGGUCCAUUGUUCCACCGGAACCGGCUGGGCCGGAACUUUUUGUGCGAUAAACAACUCGCUAGAACAACUUGAGAAGGAAAAGGAAGUUUCAGUUGGUGAAAUAGUUCUCAAAAUCAGGAGCCAAAGGCAUUCUAGUGUUUUCCUUCCAGAACAGUACGCGUUUUGCUACUUAGUGUUGAAAUAUGUGAUUCUAGAAGAAGCCAAAAAUCUGUCAAGUUGA